AUGGGCUUCGGCCGAGUGAGCAGCUACAUUUUGUCCAUCUCCGUGGGAGUUAGUGUCCUGGAGGACAUCAUUCUCAACCUCAAUACAGCGGUAUAUAUCAAGGGGCAGCUCGUGCAUGAUCGCUCGGCGAUUCUGAAGCGAUAUUUGUCCACAUGGUUUGUGUUGGACAUCAGCCUUGUCUCUUUGGAUUACCUGAACAUGGCGCAGGACUUGAACCUCAGCUGGCUGCGCUUCGGCCGCAUCUUCCGGGCCUUCCGCAUGCUGCGGCUCUUGAAGAUGACGAAGCUGGAUGAGAUCAUUCAAGAGCUGGCAGCCUCCACGGGGCGCCAGUGGAUCAUGCUGGUCAUUGCAAUUCUGACCUCGGCCAUUGCUGCCACGCUGGUCACGCAUUUUAUCACUUGCAUUUGGUUUUGGAUCGGCUACACCAUUCAGCAGCAAGAGGAGGCUCUUCAGCAGGGGCGGGAGAGCUGGAUCUUGAAGGCAGGCGCAUGGGAUCAACCUGGGGGCACGCAGUACAUUCACUCCUUGCGCUACGUCAUGAACUCUCCAGCACCGCCGACGAUUGCUCCGGAGAGCUGGGAAGAACGCUUGGUGGAUAUCAUGAACAACCUGUUUGUUCUGGUGGUGAUCGGAAAUGUGAUCUCGAAAAUCUCGGGCACCAUGGCAGAGCUCCGGGCCAUGAACGAAGCCCGCUCGCGGCAACGCCGAGAGAUCCGCGUGUAUUUGAGCAACCAGGAUGCGUCCUUCGAGCUGGUGAGCCGCAUCAUGAAGUUUGUAGAGCCCCUUGGACUGGACUGGCUGCUCUGUAGGUACAAGCUGGAGAAGAUGACACCUGUGACUCUGGCGCCGGUCGGGGAGACCGGGGAUACGGGGGUGACCUUCGACAGCAGCUUGAUCUCGAAGACACUGCAGACCGAGCUCUACAUGAGUCAAAGGGGGGAGUUCUUGGAGGUUUUGCCCAUUUUCCAUCUCACGAAGGAGGUGUUUCCCGACAGCUUUGCCGCCAUUUGUGCUUGCCUGAAGAAGCACGUCUUUGAGAGCAAGGACCCGGGCAUGAGUGAGCCGGUAGAGAGGGUGUUCAGCGCAGGUGCUGUCGCAACAUCACUCUUCAUCACGGUGGCCGGCAAGUUCGUUUAUAUGGAGGUGGAAGACGCAGGAAAAGAGCAACUGGUGCAAGGCGAGAACCACAGCGACCGCGGCGGUGUGAGUUGCUGCGUCGCUUGCAGUGCGUUUGCACUGCAAGUUGGCCAAGAACCAGAUGCGACAAGAGCGGCAAUGCGAGAGAGGUCACCCCUUGGAAAUCUUGUUGCGCCUGUGCCGAGAAUCGUCGGACUUUUGGGUGAAGACCGCGUGCGCGUUCGCGUGGAACGUAGCAGCGAUGAACCAGCGCUGAGGAUGAGCUCCUGGGAGCGACCUUCCAGCCCGGGCGAAGUGGACUUUAUUGACAACUUGCAGAACUCCCCGGACUGCGCAUCCAUGUUCUGCGAGUAUGCCAAGGAGUUCAUCGACGGGAUGCGCAAGAAUGCCAUGGGUGGACACCAGCAUCAGCUCUACUUGUCACAGUACUGCUGCGGGAAGACGAAGAUUUACCAGGAGAUGUUUCCGGAUUCCAAGACCCGUUUGAUGAACAUCCGGCUUUUCCCCACUGAGCUGGAGGAGCUUCCUGACACAUUUGAGUUGGAGCCACUAGAUGUGGGAGAUGAGUCUGGAGCUUUGCCACGCAUGCACCCCGACGUUGAAAGGCGGCAGAGGGCGUGGGAAAAAGCAGCAGUUCCAGGCCUCGUAAUACUUAUAAGUGUAUAUAUAGGCUCUUGA